GACGGCACUGACUGGCAUCACUGCUGGGCACUGACUGGCGGCACUGACUGGCACAACCGCUGGGCACUGACUGGUGGCACUGACUGGCAGCACUGCUGGGCUGCACUGGUGGGUGGCACUGGUGGGCAGCACUGGUGGGUGGGCACAGGUGGGUGGCACUGGUGGGCACAGGUGGGUGGCACUGGUGGGCACAGGUGGGUGGGCACAGGUGGGUGGCACUGCUGGGCACAGGUAGAGUGGCACAGGUGGGUGCACUGCUGGGUACAGGUGGGUGCACUGCUGGGCACAGGAGGGUGAUCUGCUGGGCACAGGUGGGCG